AUGACCUCGUCCCGCGCGCCGAGCCCCGCCGGCGGCGCGGCAGUGGACGCCCCGGCCCACGCCCGCACAUUCUACGGCCCGUUCGUCGUGCUCGUCGGCAUUGUCCUGGCCUCGGCGUGGCAGACCGAGGCGGCGUCCUACAUGGCCUCGACGCUCGGCUUCGACAAGCCCUACUUCUCCUUCUUCGUAACGCACGCAAGCUUCACCCUCGUCUUCCCAGUCCACCUGCUCGUGCUCGCGCUGCGGUCUGGCCCGCGCGGAGCUCGCGCUCGCGCAAAGGGGCUGCUGCGUAACCUGCGCGCCGUGCUCGCGGACCAGUUCGGCACAGCGCCGCGAUGGCGCGCGCUCGCGCGCCCCUUGACACGCAAGAUCACCCCGCUCACGCUCCUCAUCUCGGCGCCCGCGCUGUGCUGGUACAUCGCCAUGGCGUUCUCGCCCGCCAUGGACAUCACAGCCAUCUACGCGACGAGCGCGUUCCACGCCUACUUCUUCUCGCUGCUCCUCCUCGGCACGCGGCUCACGCGCACGACCGUGCUGGCGAUCGCGCUCGCGUUCGCCGGCGUCAUCGUGCUCACGCUCGACGGCACGAGCCCAGGCGAGAUGGGCAAAGGGCGCGUGUUCGGCGACCUCGUCAUGGUCGUCGGCGCGGUGCUCCUCGGCCUCUACGAGGUAGUCUACAAGAUGGUCCUGCCCGAGUCGCCUGCGGAACCGCGGCAUGCCCACGCGCGCCAUGACGCCGAGAGCGGCCGGCGCAGCCUCGACGCACCGCCGACACCAUCGAUCGUCUCCGAGCCCGAGUCGGACGACGAGGACAACGACAUCGCGCUCGGCUCGGGAUCCGCCCCGCGGCCGCAGAGACAGGGCUCGAGGACCCCGCUCCUGCCAAAGGGCGACAUGCCCAACGGCGAGACAAACGGCGACAGCACCCCGCCGGGGCACUACGCGCCGCUCCAGCCCCCAGCGGUGGGGCACCACGCGCGCCUGCCGCAGCUGCCCGAGGCGUUCCACGCCAACUUCCUCACGUCCGCGAUCGGCUUCGCGACCCUCGUGCUGCUGUGGGUGCCGAUUCCGAUCCUCUCGUGGACCGGGGUGGAGCCGUACGUCCAGCCAAGGGGGGCCAAGCUGCUCGGCAUCCUCGUGGUCGUGUGUGCCGGCGGCUCGAUCUAUAACGCAGGCCUCAUGGUCCUCAUCGGCAUUUGGGGCCCGACGACCUCGUCCGUCGCAAACCUCCUCACUAUCGGCCUCGUCGCCAUCAUCGACACGGUGUGGAUGGGUCGCAUGCCCACCAUCCAGACGCUCGCUGGCGCCUGCAUGAUCUGCGUGGGCUUUGCUGUGCUGCUGUGGGAGGGCGAGGGCGAGUAGGCGACAAUGCAUGAUUCUGACGCGCGACGGCGCUGAUCAGCGGGGCGCGAGGGUCGACGGUCAUCAAUCCCCUCCCGGUCGACCCCCCGGCCCGAUCUGUAUUCUAGACUGUAUAGACGACACGAACUGCACCGGCGACACCGCCUUGUAUUGCUUUAAACAUGCAUAUCAGA